UUUCCGGCGGAAGGAUAAGUAAUUUAUUUGCAUUUUUGUGUUUUUUUCCCCUUUAUUUCUACAGGCGUUUAAUUUGUAGUCGUUCAAAUAUUAACAUUACCUUAUAUUAAAUUAAAUACGGUUAAAUCCUUUUUUAUUUUGUAUUUCUGUCAAUCAUGUACUACAAUAUGCCACGUCACAGAAUCUCAUACCCAUAACCUUCACACUCUUACAUUAAAAAGAAAGCUAGGUAGCUAUCAACACACUUUUUGUUAAACCAAUCGUACCUAAAGAGAACCAGAGGGUUAAUUGAAUCAAGUCGGUCUGCAAAACAAGGACCGAAUGGAUUAUUUUGACCACAUUGCUAGUGAGGACGAAACAGCAUACCUCUCAAGAUGGAUUUGGGUUCAGUGUGAAUCACCAAACUGCCUGAAGUGGAGACAUAUUUCAAAACAUGAUGAAUUGGACCUGGAUAAGCCAUGGUUCUGCCACAUGAACCCAGACCCAUUUCUCAGCCAAUGCACAGUGCCUCAGGCUUCAAGCUACAAAGACUCCGCUCUUAGUAGGCAGGGUCUCCGGGUCAUCUACUCCCAAUUACCUGCUGGAAGCUUGGUUCUGGUAAAAGCCAGUAAGUGGCCAUUGUGGCCAGCAAUACUGAGCCCUGAUCCCUCCUAUGAUGAGUAUGUGACUCAUGAUACAGAUGGGAAUGCGGUUCAGUACCAUGUCGAAUUUCUUGGGAGUCCUCACACAAGAUUUUGGGCACUAGUACCCAAAGUGGAGCUCUUCCGUCUGCUGCCAACUAAUGCCAAAUGUUUGAAGGGCGCCUUAAAGCAAUCCUAUAAAAUAGCCAUGGAGGAAGCGAUGCACAUUCAAGACAUGACUUGUGAAGAGAGACUUAAGCUGUGCCACUUUAAGCCACAAGAGUUGCUUUUCCAGGCCACGGGACUACUGACAUCAAUAGAGAAUAUGAUAACGGAAUGUGCUACGGAGUCCCAAUCAAAACAGUCGCACAACAGCACCACCAAGAGGCAUGGCAAGAUUAACCAGGAAACAAGUGAAGAUGGCAUUGGUGACAUUUUGGUCAUUGAGGGAUUCAGAUUUGAGAGUGCCGCUUCAGUGGAGGAGUUGAGACAGCUGGAUCGCAGACUAAUCAAACUUAACAGUCUGAGUUAAGAGCCCUAUUCUCAUUAUUAAAACUUAAAACCUUCUUUAUUUUUUAUGUGUUAGGUUUAAUACUCAUGUUAUAUUUUUCAUAUAUACAUUUAUUUUAUGUAUUAUUUAUGGAUACAGUGGUAGGUACAUACAACAUUACAGCACUUCAUUCAGUUUCCAAGAUAGCUUACAUUCGUUCAUUUAAUUGCAAGAUGGUUUCAUUAUGCAGCUUUGGUCAAAGCAAACUUUUUACAUUAGACUUUGUGAUCGCAAUUUCCGGUAUUUAGGAUAAAAUAUGAAAAAGCUGUUCAAUUUGUUGGAUAAGUAUUGACUGCACUGCUAAGAUGCUCAAUGUUGAAUACAAUGCGUCAAAUUAAGUCAAAUUUGAGUGAAAUGAAAUGUAGUUGUUGUAUUAAUCAUUUCACAUGACUGCCUCUACUUCCUGAACAUACUAAAUAAUACUAUGCAUUAUCGCAGAAGUGUAUCUUCUGUCAAGUUCAAAGUUUUCAGUUGAUUCAUGUUUUUUCUAUAUUAAAGAUUUGUUAUUGAAAACACACCUCAUUUUGUGUCAUAAAUCCCAUUAACUGUGAUGGACUGGAGUCAGAGUUCGUUGUUCGCAUUGCUGACACUGAGAUCUGUAUAGCAUUAGCAUUAGCACCCCUUAGUGGUGAAGGAGAUGGCCUGUGACAGGCAAGCCUGCACAGAUGGUACAAGGCAUAAAGAUAUGCAUAAACAGAAAGUAAAGAAGCUUCCUAUUUCAUCCCAGAAUAACUACAUUCUAAAAAAAAGAAGGAACAGUUUCUGAGACUUUGUUUCUUAUAAUUGCAGUGUGCCAAAAGACCCUUUCGCCCACUUAACAGUUAAAAGCAUUCCAGCAAGAUUACAGUCCGCAUGAACAGUAGUUGCAAAACAGUGCUGGGAAGGCCACGAUUUUUUUUUUUUUUAACAGGGUGUUGGAAGAAGAGUAUUUUAUAGCUGUGUAUUAACAUUUGUUGAAUUCACAAGUUCCAGUGUCAUGUCUUCUAGCAGUUGAAGCUCAAACGCAAGUGCCUGUCACAUACUUGCCCCUGUGAAGUUAAGGCCACAGCAGAGCAAUCGCCUCAUCCUCCCUUCACAAGGCAGAGAGCAGCAUGUAUAGAAGAGUGGAGACAGUUGGGUUGAUAGACACUUAUGAAAAUAUACUGUCGACCUAAAACCAGGCCUCAGGAAAGUGUGUUUACUGAAAUGCUUGACACGUUAAGAGACUAAUUCUAACAUGAUGAGGUAAUUUAACCGCCACAAGAUGGUGUCAGUGUGGUGCAAAAGUGACCAGAACUUGAUAUAAUUAUUAUUUAGCUGAA